AUGGACACUGGAGGUAGCAGCGCUCACGCCAAUGGUGAUGAUGGUGCAAGCCCAUCUGGUGUGGGCGGUGGUGAUUCAAACGCGGUUCUGCGUAGUCUAACUCAGCAGGUUAUGACUAAGAUUGCACGAAGCUCUACAGAGCAAGGAGGACCAACAACAGACCAGGGCUGCACUAUAGAGAAGUUCACCAAAAUGAAUCCACCAGCAGAGUCCAAGAUAGUAGAAUUUUUGAAUCUGAGACAAGGGCAAUUGACAGUUCAGCAAUAUGCAGCAAAGUUUAUCGAGCUACCACGCUUUGCUCCCUACAUCAAUCUAGAUGAGGUGAAAAAGGUGGCAGUCCUAAAGGUACAGGAAUUAUCCGAAUUAGUGGAUAGGGCCACAGUGGCAGAGGAAAGCAGCAAGAUGGAUGCAGGGACGUCAAGUUUGAGGAAGAGGCCCGGGACUUCGGGAUUCCAGGCAGGGUCCAUUCGAGGCCCUUGGAGGGGAGACAGAUACAACAGAGCUCAGAGCCAGGAGACUAGGAGACAAAAGGUUCAGGGCAAGCAAGCCUAUCCAACUUGUCCUAUAUGUGGGAAGAGACAUUGGGGAGAAUGUCGAGCAGGGAGGAACGUCUACUAUCGAUGUGGUGGACCGGGUCAUGUAGCACGAGAUUGUCAUAUGCAGUAUAGUACUACUCCUACUCCUAGAACAUUUGGAGGGAAUAUCCAGGCACCCAGGGGUGGCGGCCAGCAAAGGAAUACAGCUCCGAUGAGAGUUAAUGCAUUGACGCUGGGAGAUGCUAAGGCUACAAGCGACGUCGUGACAGGUAUGACUACUGCUUUAUCAUAUAAAGCUAUUGUUUUAUUUGACUUAGGUGCCACCCAUUUGUUUGUAUCAUGGGAUAUCUCAAGUUUAUUGGAGUUGUGA